ACAUCACUUAGAUACCAUGCAGGGGCAGACUGACCAUUUGGAAACUUGGGCACUGCCCGAGGGCCCGGGGUCAUUAGGGGGCCCCAUGAGAUGCCCCUGGUACCUUUUUCAUAGGCUUUUUUGGGUGUGCUUUGAGUUUGGGCAAGGACACAGGGGCCCCAUGAUCCCCUAUUGCCCGGGGGCCCCAUGAGUUGUCAGUCCGCCCCUGAUACCAUGUGUGAGUUUAGGAGUCGAUAUAACGGCUUCUGUUGCUGGUGAUGAAUUGUUGCCAUGGUGACACCGGCUGUGUCGUAUCAUGCCAUUUCUCUACAGUGUGCUACAAA